AUGGCAGGCGUAGCAAGCGGGUGCUCGCGGACUGCUGAGGCAGAGGACGAACUGAAAGAGGAGACAGUCGCGGUGCGGAAAGCACUGAGCGAGCUGGUCGAGGGCAACGCCAACGCCAACGCCAGCAAGAGGAUGAACAGCAUCAACGCUCCGUGGAAGGAGAAGCUGCAGUGCGUGGUUGACCGACUCAACGACCUCUUCAUGGAGUACAUGUCGAAGAUGGACGGAUGCGGUGGCGAGGUCAGGCUAGCUGAGGACGAGUCGUCCUUCAAGAAGUGGGGGAUCGAAAUCAGGGUGCGAUUCCGAUCGGAGGCGGACGGGGGCAAGGUGGCGGUGCUGAACCAACGGGUACACUCGUGGGGCGAGCGGUCCGUGUCUACCACCCUCUUCCUCAUGGCCCUGCAGGAUCUGCAGCACAGCCCGUUCCGUGCGGUGUUCAGCCGCAUCGUGCUCAACUCUUGCGGACCCAGCCGCAAGCAGUACAUCCUCAUCACACCCCAGCUGCUUCAGGGUCUGGUGGCCAUGGAAAACGACGACGUGACCAUCAUCGUCAUCAUGAACGGCGUCAACACCAUCAAGGGCACCGAGGAACACUCCAUGAAGAACUUAAUCGCCGCCAAGAAGCGGCAGCGAGCCCUGAGGGACCUCGGCGCGCAGGAAAACGGCUCCCCAGCAGCGACGUCCGAUUUCCUAGCCUAACCCCUUGUCUGCGUGCUUCAGUUCCAUUACUGGUCAAACCGACCCGGACGCCUUCCGUGGCCAAAGGCUGGGUACCCGAAAAACAGUGGAAGUACAAUUACAAAACCCGAAUAAAGAGUACAGACGGGCGGACCCGGUAAUAACUCGAAAGAUUGUUGAAUGCGUAAACAAAUGGAACGAGAACCGAAAGCGAACCCAAAGCGUAUUGUACAGAUACAUAUUGCCAUGGAUGUAGGGGGGAUAUGGGAGUAGCACUUCCCUACAUGCAUGGGAUCGAGUACUUUGUGUUCCGGCCUUGAGAGCCGAAGGGGGUGUCGUUGUUGUUUUGUUGUUUGAAAGGAUUCCUGAAGGCUGUUGUGGCCGAUGAUUAGAUCGUAGAGAUAGUAAUACUGCGCACUCUAUGCCCACAGGGAUCUGAUUCCCAUAUAGUCUGCGGAGGAGCCGACUAGUCUGAAUUGUGGUUGCCUAGCUGCUCUGGAGGAUUUUCGGCGUGUGUGAGCGUAUGUAAUGUUCGUUCGGGCCCCCCGUGAUUGUUGCAU